GGAGAAGGCGGGGGUUGAGGGUGGAGGGUUGGGGGGGGGGUGUGAGAAAGAGAAACAGAGACCCGGAGCCCACAGGGAGAAAAGGAGGGAGAAGGGGGAAAAAGAACAAACCUUGUAGGAGCUUGGCAAGGAGGGGAGGAAGGGGGGGGCGAGGGGGAAGGCGAGGGAAGUAUAACACUGCGGCCGGCCGGAGGCUUGGGGGGCAGUUGUGAGAGGAAAGGGCUGAAGCCAGAGCAGAGCAGAACGACUACCAAGAGGCAGCGGCAGCCGCAGGAGCAGAGUCAACCCGCGCUGCCCCAAAGAGACACUCAGGUCUCCAAAGCAGAGCCUGCUGGCGUCCACCCGAACUUUUCCCUUGCCUUUCCUGGCUCCGGGCAUCAUCGGCGCGUCCCGGUGGCGGGUGCUUGCGCUCCAGGCUGUCCAGGAAGAUGAUGAUGAUGUCUCUAAACAGCAAGCAGGCUUUCAGCAUGCCUCACGGCAGCAGCCUGCAUGUUGAGCCCAAAUAUUCAGCGCUGCACACCGCUUCCCCCUGUACCUCCUCGUCCGCGGCUCCCUCAUCUAGCUCUCCCAGCAACACCAGCAGUGGGGGCGGUGGUGGAGGCAGCGGGGGCCGGAGCAGCAACAGCGGCAGCAGCGGUAGCAGCGGUGGAGGCGGCGGCGGCGGAGGCAGCGGGGGCGGCGGAGGUUCCGAGGCGAUGAGGCGAGCUUGUCUUCCCACCCCACCGAGCAACAUCUUCGGUGGUCUGGAUGAGAGCUUGCUGGCCCGAGCGGAAGCUCUGGCGGCUGUGGACAUUGUUUCGCAGACCAAAAGCCACCAUCACCACGCGCCCCACCACAGCCCCUUCAAGCCAGACGCCACCUACCACACCAUGAAUACCAUCCCGUGCACCUCUUCCGCCUCGUCGUCUUCCGUGCCCAUUUCGCACCCUUCUGCCCUGUCGGGCACCCACCAUCACCACCACCAUCACCAUCACCACCACCACCAACCGCACCAGGCGCUGGAAGGAGAGCUCUUGGAUCACAUUACGCCAGGGCUGGCUCUGGGGGCCAUGACGGGGCCCGAUGGAUCAGUAGUGUCCACUCCCGCCCACGCCCCGCACAUGGCCACCAUGAAUCCUAUGCACCAGGCGGCUCUCAGCAUGGCCCACGCACACGGGCUUCCUUCGCACAUGGGUUGCAUGAGCGACGUGGACGCAGACCCGCGGGACUUGGAAGCGUUCGCGGAGCGCUUCAAGCAGCGGCGCAUCAAGCUGGGGGUGACCCAAGCGGAUGUGGGCUCCGCUCUGGCCAACCUCAAGAUCCCCGGGGUGGGCUCGCUGAGUCAGAGCACAAUCUGUAGGUUCGAGUCCCUUACUCUAUCCCACAACAACAUGAUCGCUCUCAAGCCUAUCCUCCAGGCUUGGCUAGAAGAGGCAGAGAAGUCCCACCGUGAAAAACUCACCAAACCGGAGCUAUUCAAUGGGGCUGAGAAGAAGAGGAAGCGCACCUCCAUAGCUGCUCCUGAAAAGCGUUCCCUCGAAGCCUAUUUCGCCAUCCAGCCUCGUCCAUCCUCUGAGAAAAUUGCCGCCAUUGCAGAGAAACUCGACCUUAAGAAAAAUGUGGUACGGGUCUGGUUCUGCAACCAGAGGCAGAAACAGAAACGGAUGAAAUAUUCGGCUGGGAUUUGAAAGGCCCUUGAUCUCUCUUGGGACUUUUCCCCUUUCUCCGUCCCAUCUCUUUCCCCCUAUCUCACCUCACCUCCUCGCCCCAUCUUUUCCUUCCUUACUUGUCGACAAGAAAUUAUUUCAGUGUCAGAAUCCACCAGAGAGAGAGGAAAGGAGAAAGAUCUAUUGAACAAACCUGAUGAAAUUGGGGGGGGGGGGGGAAUUAAGAAACAGGAAAAAAGAAAACCAGACUUGGAUUUUCAAGUUUUAACGAUGUUGACCCUCUCCACAUUCCCUAGAAAGGCAUCUUGCUCUUUCAAGUACUUUGACACUGACUGAAGGCAGAUAUAAAACCCUUUUUAAAGGACUGAAGAAUGAUCAAGUAAGAUUUGUUUUUAUUCUUAAAGACAUUACACUUGUUCGAGUUAAAAGUACACUUUUCAGCUAUUUUUCAGAAAAUUUAAAUUGUGUCAGGACUGAAACUUUAAACUAGAGUUUGACCCCUAACAAGAUAGAGACAUCUCAAAAGUAUUUUGAUUUAAAAAGAGAGAUGGCAGAUUUUUCUGCAUUUACACUGUAUAUUAUAUAUAAUAUAUUUUUACUGUGGUUAUUAUUGUCAUUCUCCUCUGAAGUGUUAAUGCUUAGGAAAGGAGCUGCCCAAUGUGUUCACUGAUCUUUAAAAGCUUUUAUUAGAUUACUGCCAAACAAUCCUCUGUAAAUUAUUCAUUUAUGUCUCUGGCAACUUAAUUUGUGCUCAUUAUGAUUAAUUAAACUUCUUUAAUCUAAGUCUGGUUUUUUGAAAAAAGAGGAAAGUGUAGAUAGUGAACACCAGAAAAGUUAUAUUUGAAGACUGUCGAAUUCCUAAAGCUAUAGUCUUCUGCAAUGUUUCUUUUAGCCCCCGUGUAAAUUCUCCCUCGGAACGAAGAAUGUUUCUCCUUUGUUUUUCUUGGCAGUGUUCUUAUUUGUGACUCGUUGACACACUCUGUAAUAGAUGUCCUCCGUUAUUUGUAUAGACCUGAUUCACUGUCCAAAGUAUUGUUUACUUCCUUACAUAUUUAAUGGGGAUUCCCAUCUUGUCCCCACCAAUCUCUCUCUCUCUCUCUCUCUCUCUCUCUCUCUCUCUCUCUCUCUCUCUCUCUCUCUCUCUCUCUCUCUCUCUCUCUCUCUCUCUCUCUCUCUCUCUCUCUCUCUCUCUCUCCUUUCCCCCCUUUUUUUGUCUCUCUUUCACACACUCUCACAGGCACAAGCACAUAGACACUCCUCUAAACUAAAAAGAAAUUAUGGUUGGCUUGGUUUGCCUCCUGGUGUUCGCCCUUUUAGAUCUCAAGGCUAUUUCAGCGUUUCAACCUCCCAAUUCUAUAUUUUGUUUAUUCUCUUCCCACCCCUGUAUUAUCGAGAUUCCUUUUUUCCUCCCCUUACAAUCCCUUUGGAGGUUUGUUUGUAGAAAAGUCAAAUUUUAAUUAUUAGAGGGACAGUGCACUGCUUGUAAAUUCACAUUGUUUGGUAUAAUUCUUUUGAACCAACAACAAAAUAGGUACAAGACUUUUAGUACCUUAGAUAUUGUAAAUAUUUCAUUCAAAAUAAUGCACACAUAGAUAUAUUCUUACAGAUUUUGCUGUACUGCUGUUAUAAUGGAGACUUUCUGAAGUCUUAAGUUCUGUAUAUGAGCCGGUUUCAUUGUUCUGUUAAUAGGAGGUUUAUUUAAUAUAGUCAUGUAUUAAGUUAUUUUCAAUGUUGUUGAAUUGUCUUUCAUUGAAGAAAAGAUUUUAAUGUUUUAUUGGAAAAGUAUGCUGUUUUUUUCCCAUUAAAA